AUGAGUUUCUCCAUUUAUGAUCUAGAUGAAGAGAUAAGAGAUCUCUUGCAACUUGAUAACUUUCUUGGAGGGUUGACGGUGAAUGAAUUUGUGGAAGAAUUGAGUAAAGAUCAUUUUUUGAAAGGAGCAGAGGUGAACAAAUUGGAAUAUUUAGAUCCUAAACCAUAUAUUAGAACAUUCGAAUCAGCAUUGAGAGAAUUGAAACAAUUAUCUAAUGAAGCCCAAAAUCAAAAAGCUCAUAUGGAAAGACAAGUCGAAGAUUAUGAAAUCAGACAUAGUAGAAACGUUUUAGAGUUAUCCGAUCAAAUAGAGACCAUCACUCAACAGUUUAGUAAAUUAGACGUUAGGAUCAGUGACGUUACCAAUCAAAUUGAUCCUUUAAAUACAGCAUUGAACAAGAUUUCAAACUCCAGAGAUGUUUCAAUUGAAACAAUUUUCUUGAUUAGAGCAUACCAUGGUUUCUUUACUAAAGAAAAAUACGAACCGUUAGAGACUUUAAGAACAAGUAAGAGAUAUGAAGAUAAAUCAAAAUGUGCUAAAACAGUGAAUAAUUUAUUGACAUUAGCUAGGAAGAUUGAAAGUCCAGAUAUUGCUAAAACAGCUCAUUGCAUCAAAAUAAUCGAGCAGUUCAGUGGAUUGAUGGAAACAGAAUUGUUAAAUGAAUUCGAAAUUGCUUUAGAGAAUGAUGAAUUUGAAACAAUGAAGGAAAUAUCAAACAUUUUGAUUGACUACAACGGAGGAGAGAAUGUUAUACAGACAUUCGUAAGUAAGAAUGAGUUUUUUGAAGAAGAGGAAUUACAAGAUUUGGGUAAAUCACUUCUUGAUGACGAAAGUGCAUGGCCAGUUUUAAGUGACGUUAAUUCUUCAGAACACAUCAAAGAUGAGGAAAUUUACAAUUUAUUAAAUCAAUUAAAAGUUACAAUCAAAGGACAAGCUAGAAUUGUCAGCCAAGUAUUCCAAAAUCCAACUCCAGUAUUAAGGAUCUUCAUUCAAAGAGUUUAUGCUCAAUUGAUACAGAAUAAAGUCAGUAACUUAUUGACAUAUUCUUUAUCAUUUGGAGCAUUGGCUCAUGUCAGAGUGUUACAUAUGUUAUUCCAAAUGGUCAAUGAAUUCACUAAAGAUCUAAAAGACUUCUUCAUAACUAAUGAAUUUGAUAAUGAUAAUGAACUAUCAGGAAUAUUAGAUCAAUGUUUCUAUGAUUUGUUUAUCGAAUUUACUUCAGAAAAUUAUUAUUUCAUUAGAGAAAAGAAAAAUCUAGAAGAAACUAUUUAUAAUAUAGUGUCCAAAUUCAAUUCAUACAAUGAAAAAUCAUUAACUAACAAGUCAUUAUCAGAAGCAAUUUCUAAUUUGAAUAACAUGGAUUAUAACAUCACUCCUACUGAAAAGGACAGUUUCGUUGAUAAAUUCGGUUUCAAGUUCAUUGAAAAGAAAAGAUAUGAUCAAUUCAAAGAAUUCAUGAAGACCAGAUUAGAUGUUAGAAGAAGUUCCACAUCAUUAGAUGGAGAAGAUUUAAAAGAGCGUCAAGAAUAUACUGGCUUAAACUUACGACUUGUAGAAACUAUCAUCAAGACAGUAGUGGAAUCCAUAGCAAGAGUAUUAGAAAUUGAACCUAAUAGAUCUCCAGAAUAUGCUCUAGAGAUUUUAGAAAUCUUAUUAUUUGAUUUUGGUAAGAUGUACAUUGAAGGAGGUUUGGAAGUAAUUUAUGAUAAUGCUAAGCUAGAAUCGAAUUACUCUAAAAUAAACUCGGUUCAAGAAGUUAAUUUCAAUUACUUAAAUUCAUUCCAUCUUUUAGGUCAAAUCCUUUUCAUAAUAUCAAGUUGUAUCAAAAAAAUCAUAAUCCCAUGUGCUGUUAAUAAUCCCACUAUAAGAAACAGAAUGAUAAAUUUAACUAACGGAUAUAUAAAGAGAUGUGAAUUGUCUAUAAAUAUCAUCUUAUCCGAAACUAUUGAUUUAUCAUAUAAUAAACUCAACUAUUACUUGUCGAAACAAAAGAAGAAGGAUUUCGUUGGUGAUAACAUAACAGAAGAUGAUACUGAAGCUUGUGAAUUAGUUUCAGAAUUCAUGUAUGAUGUUUUUGAAAGUUUGAGUAGAAAUCUUGAUAACGACAAUUUAUUGAAUGUUUUGAAUAAAAUUGGUGAUAAAUUCUUGAAUGCUUUAUUAGAACAUUUCAAGAAAUUCCCUGUAAACUCUACUGGAGGUAUUAUUUUAACAAGAGAUGUCAUAAGAUAUCAAUCAGUCAUUGAUAAAUGGGAAAUUCCAGAAUUAUCCGAGAAUUUCCAAAUUUUGAAAGAAAUUGGAAAUUUAUUCACUGUUCAUCCAAAUUUAAUCAAUUCUUUGGUUACAGAAGGGCAAUUAGCCACGUUAAAACCUUUAACUAUCAGACAAUAUAUUUCUAAAAGAACAGAUUUCAAUCCAAGUUAUAUUGAAAGAUUUUUCAGUUUUAAAUAG